UCUUUCUCUCAUUGGCUAGAAAUGACUAGUUACAGGUGAAACGAAACUUAACUCGGACUAUAAGGUGCAGCACAUAGCUUCAGCUCUCACAGUCACAACAGGGGACAACAAAUAACAGAUACGUGCAACUACACUAAAACAGCGAUGGAACGAGGAAGAGGAGGGACUCUGAAGAUUCUGUUCCUGUUGACACUCUGUCUUCAAGCCUUCACUGGUCAAUGCCAAGAUUCAGGGCAUUCCUCUGAACUGAGGAUUGUUCUGGUAGGGAAGACUGGAUCAGGGAAGAGUGCAACAGGAAACACCAUCCUGGGGAGAGGUGCCUUUAAAGAAGAGGCCUCCUUUGUGUCUGUAACUGAAAAAAGUGAGAAACAGAGUGGAGUGGUGGAUGGGAGGAAGAUUGAUGUCAUCGACACCCCGGGGCUCUAUGACACAAAACUGUCUAAAGAAGAGAUGAAAAGUCAAAUAGAGAAGGCCAUCUACAUGUCAGUUCCAGGACCCCACGCCUUCCUGCUGGUGAUCGGACUGGGGAGGUUCACAGAGGAGGAGAGGAACACUGUGAAGUGGAUCCAGGAAUUCUUUGGAGAAGAAGCAUCAAACUACACAAUCAUUCUGUUCACCGGUGGAGACCAGCUGAAGGACGUAUCAGUGGAGGACUUGGUGAAUGAGAGUGAGGAGCUUAUGAAACUCGUCAAGGUCUUUAAGGGCAGACAUCAUUUCUUCAAUAAUAAAAAGAAGAAUGACACCACUCAGGUCAAAGAGCUGCUGAAGAAGAUAGAUGAGAUGGUGAAGAAAAAUGGAGGAAAACACUACAUUAACGAGAUGUACAAGGAGGUCCAGAGGAAAAUCAAAGAGGAGGAGGAGAGGAAGAAACAGGAAGAGGAGAAGAGAGAACAGCAAGAGAAUGAGAAACUGGAGGGGGAGAUCAGGAAACGUGAAGAGAAGGUGAGAGAGGAGGAGAGGAAGAAACAGGAGGAGAUCAGGAAACAGGUAGACGAAGCGAGAGAGGAGAUCAGGAAACAGGCAGACAAGGCGAGAGAGAUAGAGAAGGCGAGAGAGAAGUCAAUGGACCUAUUGGGAAAGGUUUUGGGAUUGGUAGCAACUGUUGUCACAGCGGUGGUAGCAGGACCAGCAGCAAUUCCAGUUGGAAUUGCUGUACUUGCAAAAGAGGUAGUUGAAGUUGUAGUUGAACAUUUUCAAGAUUCUCAGUAAGUAAAGAUGAGGAAGAGGAGGCAGUGUGAAGUACCACUCUCUUCCUCAUCUUAAUGUCAAGUAGUAGCAGUUGAUUAAUACUGUACAACGACAACCAUCAGGGAUUGUUCAUCACUUUCUAAUAUGAUCAGUUAUAUAACAUGUUUAUCAUUCAGAGGCUCAGGGAUAAUAACAUAGGAGGCUGUUCAGAAAAAAUGUGUUCUCCCUCUACCCUCCCUCCCUGGUCUGUGUUCUCCCUCUAUCCCCCCUCCCUGGUCUGUGUUCUCCCUCUAUCCCCCCUCCCUGGUCUGUGUUCUCCCUCUAUCCCCCCUCCCUGGUCUGUGUUCUCCCUCCCUGGUCUGUGUUCUCCCUCUACCCUUCCUCUAUCCUCCCUCCCUGGUCUGUGUUCUCCCUCUACCUUCCCUCCCUGGUCUGUGUUCUCCCUCCCUGGUCUGUGUUCUCCCUCUACCCUUCCUCUAUCCUCCCUCCCUGGUCUGUGUUCUCCCUCUACCCUUCCUCUAUCCUCCCUCCCUGGUCUGUGUUCUCCCUCUACCCUUCCUCUAUCCUCCCUCCCUGGUCUGUGUUCUCCCUAUACCCUCCCUCCCUGGUCU